UAGUAAAAAAAAAAAAAAAGAAAGAGACGAAAAUGGAGAAGGAGAGGUGGUGGAGGUGAUGAAGAGAUCCUCAAAAACCGUAGAAAAAUCCUCUGAAAAAAUCCCCCCCAAAAAUAUAAAAAAAGAAAAGCUUCUCCUCUUUCCUUUUAGAUUCUUCUCUUUUGUCUGAAUCCCUUUUUCCUCGCGCAAUCCCGAGAUGUCCGACAGGAUACUCUGCAAGUUCUUUGUCCAUGACUCGUGUUUAAAAGGAGAAAACUGUGAAUACUCUCAUGACUCCAAGCACCAUCCCAAUAAUGUUUGCACAUUCUAUCAAAAAGGGAUAUGUUUAUACGGAACUAGAUGUAGAUACGAACAUGUCAGAACCUCUCAGAAAGGAGACAAACCACUUAACCUCUCUUACACACACCCAAGAGAACGCCCACUCUGCUCAUUCGCCGCUGCUGGUGACUGCCCACGAGGCAGCCAAUGCCCACACAUCCACGGAGACAUCUGCAGCACCUGUGGGAAGAAGUGUUUGCAUCCUUUUAGACCCGAGGAGCGAGAAGAGCACACGAAAGAAUGUGAGAAGAAGCAGAAACAUAUAGAAGCGUUGAAGAAGAGUCAAGAGAUUGAGUGUAGUGUGUGUUUGGAUCGUGUCUUGUCGAAAGCUACUCCAGGGGAGAGGAAGUUUGGGUUGUUGACUGAGUGUCAUCAUCCGUUUUGUAUACAGUGUAUUCGUAAUUGGCGUAGUAGUGCUCCUGUUUCGGGGAUGGAUGUGAAUAGCACGUUGAGAGCUUGUCCUAUAUGUCGUAAGCUGUCGUAUUUCGUUGUCCCGAGUGUUGUCUGGUACUCUACUCCUGAAGAGAAGAAGGAGAUCAUUGACGUAUACAAGGCAAAACUCAGGUCUAUUGACUGCAAGCACUUCAGCUUUGGAAAUGGGAACUGCCCAUUUGGAGGAAGUUGUUUCUACAAGCAUGCAUAUGCUGAUGGUAACUUGGAAGAAGUUGUUGUACGGCAUCUUGGUUCUCUUGAAGGAGAAACUAUAAUAGCAGACAGUGUCACCGGGCUAUCAGAGUUCCUUGGUCGCGUGCACAUUUAAAUAAUCUUUCAUAAAUAAAAUCGAAUAAGACAGAUGCUCUGCUGAUGACAACAUCUUUUCUUUCCAAAAUGCAUUUUGAUUCUCGUUGACAAUCCCUUGAAACAUUAGAUAUGAAGACAUGCUCAGAGGGGGUUGAUAGUUCAAAACAUAUUAGGAGACAGAAGAAAACUCAUUUGUAAAUAAUAUUUAGAUAGGGGAUUGCUACUGCAGUAUAUGUAAAUAAAUAACAAGAUUGUUUGAUCAAAGCAUGCUACUAUUCAUGUGAUGUAAAUAAAACCUUUCAUAACUUCAUGAGAAAAGAUUGUAAAGAGAGAUUCAAUUUCUGAAUUUCUAUCCAGGUGGAUAGCUUUAUGUUCAGGUAUGGACAGAA